AUGGCUGAAGUGCUCAUGGUUUAUGACUGCGUGAUUAGACUUGCGCUAUCGAUCGAGCUGUAUCGGAGACUUUCCAAGAGAUCACUGGCAGGAAUGUUCACCCGGCCUACUCUGGAUGAUUCUUUCCUCACUGACGGGCCGUACCGCUGUUGGCAGACGUUUCUCGUCCAGCAAGGCCACUGCAUCAUACCAGCCUCUUCGGUCGAUCGGUCGACCAGGACGCCCGAAAUAAGCAGUGAUGGUGUAACACAAUGGAUGUCGCCUUCCUUCUCCUUGGAGCCGGCUGAGACAUUGGACAUGGUGCUCGCCAUGGAUCCUACUCUUUCCGAAGACCUGCUCCCAUUUGAUGCAGGCCGCCAUGAGACUAUUGAAAUGCUGACACUGCCUCCCAAGCCCGAUCUUGACCGUCACGGGCACGCGGGAGGCUGCAGGCCAUUGUACCUCAACAGCGGACGCGCUGCAGGAGAGGCGGGUACUCUUGCGGUGAAGCCCUCGGAAGCUAAGCGACAGCCCUUUUUCAGCGUUCUCUCUGGAGAAGCGUCAGAUGACCGGCCCAGUUGGGAAGUAGAAGAAGUGUACUUGGGUCAGUCUCAUGUCGAUUCCUGCGGCAAGCCCGGGAGGCCUGCUCUCUCUUCCUCGCUCUCUCGUUCUCUCGGUUUCUGUCCCCCACGGCGAGAGGAUCCAUUGCACGCCAACGAUUGGGCCAAGACAAGAGGUCCAGUGAGCACUGAGCAGUGCCCGGCACUCCCAGACGUUGGGAGGGUGGCCAGCCGCAACGUGCGAGACACACGCGCGCGCGCUGAGGCCUGGGACCAAGAUGUCACCCUGCCCGCGUGGGUUCUCGUCGCUGGCAGCAAGGGAGAGACUAUUUUUUAUCCUUUCUUACUCUAUGAUUCCUGUGUAGAGAGGAGUAAGCAUUUGGGGUGUUUUGGAGGCGCCGGCGACACGGCAGAUGCCGCCCGGGCAGGCGCUAGCAGCGAAAACGGGAUAGCGCGCCCAAUGGGGGCGUCCAGAGUGGGGAAAGAACAACCGCAGAAAGCUGCACGUCACCGUCACCGGGGCGCGCCUUCCCAAUCCUCCCCCUCCCCCUCCCCUGCGCCGCCUGGCGCCUUCCCCGUUGACGUCGACCAUGACUGUGUAUGUACCUACUCUAGGCAAGAGUGCUGGACUGUACUCUAG